GGUGGUCGUUCCACAAAGUAGAAAAACCAAAUCCCAAAUUCAAUCAUUAAUCUAGUCGCUACAUUUUUUUUUUUGCUUUUUGGGUUUUGUUUCUGUAAUCCUUUCUGACAAGUUGAGAAGAUAUUUUUUUUCCUUUUUGGGAUGAAAUUGCAAAGAAAUUGAAACUGGGAUUUUUGCAAUAUAAGAAAGUAGAAACCGGCGAGUUAGGACUAGGAUUGGUUUCGUUUGUAGUAGUAGGUGUGUUAAUAAUAUAACUAAUGGCCGCACAGUGUCCUCCUUAUGACUUCUCAGCAAAGUAUUAUCACACAGUUGCUGGAGGAAAAUGUGAGAGGCAACUCAGUUUCUUUGAAGGCAAAACUGUGCUUAACCAAAGUGUUGGCUAUGCCGUUGUUCUUGGUUUUGGUGCCUUCUUUGCAGUCUUCACAUCUUUUCUGGUAUGGCUUGAGAAGCGCUAUAUUGGUGCCCGCCACACUUCGGAAUGGUUCAACACUGCAGGCAGAAAAGUUAAGACAGGAAUGAUUGCUAGUGCAAUUGUCUCUCAGUGGACUUGGGCAGCAACAAUCUUGCAAAGCUCAAAUGUUGCUUGGCAGUACGGAGUUAGCGGGCCCUUCUGGUAUGCUAGUGGGGCCACAAUUCAGGUACUGUUGUUUGGUAUAAUGGCCAUAGAGAUCAAAAGAAAGGCACCCCAUGCUCAUACUGUUUGCGAAAUCGUAAAAGCCCGCUGGGGCACAGCAGCACAUAUUGUCUUUCUUGUUUUCUGCUUUAUGACAAAUAUUAUCGUAACGGCCAUGCUGCUUCUUGGCGGUUCUGCCGUGGUAAAAGCGCUCACGGGAGUAAACAUCUAUGCCGCUAGCUUCCUAAUACCUCUUGGAGUAAUUGUCUAUACUUUAGCUGGAGGAUUGAAAGCUACCUUCUUGGCAAGCUAUAUACAUUCGGUUAUUGUUCAUGUGGUUUUGGUCAUAUUUGUCUACCUUGCAUAUGUGGUGAGCGACCAGCUUGGUAGCCCGAGCAUGAUAUACAACCGUCUGUUGGAGUUAGCAAGUAAAUCAGGAACAUGUGGGGAACCUUUGUCUCACCAUGGUCAAGCUUGUGGUCCUGUUAGCGGCAACUACAACGGGUCAUAUCUAACAAUGUUGAGUUCUGGUGGUUUUGUCUUUGGAAUAAUCAACAUUGUUGGCAACUUUGGCACUGUUUUCGUUGAUAAUGGAUAUUGGGUAAGUGCAAUAGCAGCACGUCCUUCAUCGACGCAUAAAGGCUACUUAUUAGGUGGGCUGGUGUGGUUUGCAGUGCCAUUCUCUUUAGCAACAUCACUAGGUUUGGGGGCACUUGCCCUUAAUCUACCAAUAACAGAAAGUGAGGCAGGCCACGGAUUGGUUCCUCCCGCUACCGCAAUAGCUUUGAUGGGGAAGGGAGGUGCUGUUCUUCUACUUACUAUGCUUUUCAUGGCCGUGACAUCUGCUGGUUCCUCAGAGCUAAUAGCAGUCUCCUCUCUAUGCACAUAUGACAUCUACCGAACAUACAUAAACCCAGAUGCAACUGGGAAGAAAAUCCUCCAAGUUUCAAGGUAUGUCAUAUUUGUCUUUGGAUGCUUCAUGGGUCUACUGGCAGUGAUUCUCAACAAGGUUGGAGUUUCCCUUGGCUGGAUGUACCUAGCAAUGGGAGUACUCAUUGGUUCAGCUGUUCUCCCCAUUGCUUUCAUGCUUCUGUGGAGAAAGGCAAAUGCAGUCGGCGCAAUUAGUGGAGCAAUAAGUGGCUGUGUUCUUGGAAUCGUAACUUGGUUGUUGGUUGCAAAGAUUGAGUACGGUCAUGUGAAUCUCAACACAACAGGUCGAAACGCGCCAAUGCUUGCUGGGAACCUUGUGUCAAUACUCAUUGGUGGAGCCGUACAUGCUGUAUGCAGCUUUCUGUGGCCUCAAAACUAUGAUUGGAGCACCACUAAGCAGAUCACUGUGGUUGAGAAGGAAAAGAGUGAGCUGCCUGCAGAAGAGUUCAGGGAAGAGAAGUUGGUAAGAGCAAAAUCAUGGAUUGUGAGGUGGGGUGUUGGUUUUACAAUGUUGAUCGCUGUAGUGUGGCCUGCUCUCUCUCUCCCAGCAAGGGAAUUCAGUCUUGGAUACUUCACAUUCUGGUCGAUCAUCGCAGUUGCGUGGGGUACCAUCGGAUCCGCUGUUAUCAUAGCCCUGCCAAUAGUGGAAAGCUGGGAAACCAUCAAAAGCGUGUUUUUUGGAAUGCUAACAAACGACAGACUCAUGGAAAAAGUUGACGAGUUGAACCUUAGGCUGCAUUCAAUCAUAUUAUCCAUGCCUGAAGCAGAGAGGAUUUACCUACAACAAAAGGACAAAGCUAAGAAAAAAGAUAUUUUCGAUCAUCAAGACAAUCAAGCUGUCCCUAGUAAUUCAUCUUCAAGGACAAGAAGUGUCCUUUAAAUAUUCGGCGUGAUUUUUCCAUUUUCACAAGCGAACACCCUUUUUUUCCGUAAAUAAAAUAUGUUGGCAAAAUGGCCUCAAUCACAGUCCAACUUCAACUAUCUGUACUUUUUCACCUGUAUCCAUUUUGGUAUAGUACUUUUACUUUUUUAGCUAAUUAAAACUAUUGUAGAAGCACCAAAUGUUGCAAAACUUCUGUUUCUUUAUAGAUAAUUUUGUGUUA